GGUCGGCCGCUAGGCUCAUGUAAUCUUCCCAUAAUGCCUUGGUCAAAUUGCACAAGCGCAGGCAUUCCAAAUCAAUAGUCGUUCUUUGCCUAUAAAAAAAAAACUCCACACAAUCACCACGAAGCCAAAAAAAAAUUCAUAAACAAACUCUCAGAGAAGAUGAGUUCCAUCGAUUCAACAACUUCCAUCACCAGAAGGUUAGAAGGCAAGGUAGCCUUGAUAACCGGCGGCGCAAGUGGAAUAGGAGAGGCCACCGCCAGGCUAUUUGUCCACCAUGGAGCAAAGGUACUCAUCGCCGAUAUCCAAGAUGAGCUUGGUCUCUCCCUCUGCCAAGAAUUCAGCUCCCAAGAAACCAUCUCUUACGUCCACUGCGAUGUAACAAGCGACACAGAUGUCAAAAACGCUGUCGAUACAGCUAUCUCCAAGUAUGGAAAGCUCGAUAUAAUGUUCAACAACGCCGGAAUCGGAGGCAUAGCAGAAUCGGGAAUAUCAACUUCUAGUAAUGAAAACUUUAAAAAAGUGUUUGAUGUGAAUGUGUUCGGUGCCUUCUUGGGUGCCAAGCAUGCAGCAAGAGUGAUGAUCCCUGCUAAGAAAGGCUGCAUAAUCUUUACUUCUAGUGGGGCUUCAGUAUGCGCCAUGGAGGUUGCUUCAAAUGCAUAUGCAGCUUCGAAACAUGCAGUGGUGGGGCUAGCCAAGAACUUAUGCGUGGAGUUGGGGCAAUAUGGGAUAAGGGUUAACUGCAUUUCGCCAUUUGGUGUCGCCACCCCAUUGUUUCUAAGAAAUAUGACGUUGGGGAAGAAGGAGGCUGAAGAGUUAAUUUCAUCUGCAGGGAAUUUGAAAGGGGUGGUUUUGGAAGUAGAGGAUAUAGCAGAGGCAGCUUUGUAUUUUGCAAGUGAGGAAUCAAAGUAUGUUAGUGGGAUCAACUUGGUCGUUGAUGGUGGCUAUAGUUUGACCAAUCCCACCUUUGCAAAUGCAUUGAAAAGUCUAUUUUCCUAAAAAAACUAUUUAUUAUUCGUUAAGUUGUUUCUUUUUCUUUUUCUGUUUUAAUAAAAUCGUGAAUAUUUUAAUAAAGCAUCUUUGAAUUAGCACUUUGUUUUUUCUUUUUUUUUGACCAAGAUGGGUUUUGGUGGGUCAAAUA